AUGGCGAUAGCGGUAGACUUUAUGGGUUUGAAGAACGACUUGCCAGGUAACAGAAGCAAAGGAGCUGGCAGAGCCGAUUUGUAUGGCACAAAUGCAAAUCCUGCAACCAACUGCCAAAGCAGCCAUAAACAGAAUUAUAGUCAGAACCAAAAUUACAGCCAAAAUAUGAACACAAAUUUGAACUACAAUUUCCACAAAAAAAACGACGCCAAAGUCAAGAAGAACAAUGGUGGCGUCCGUCUGGGGUCGUCCAGUAGAAGGGCUUCGUUCACCGACGCCUACGACACCGACUUGAGUUCCGAUGUUGAAUCUGUGAUCCAUCCCUUUUUGCGCCCGCUGCAAAAAACGGCAAGCAACCAUGUAGGUGCGAGUCGGUUUAACACGCUCAAGUAUUUCACCCUUGUAGUCGUGCUUUUUCCAUCUGUCAUAGCUGUGGCAGUUCCGUCGGGAGACGUGGAUACGUCGACAGGUGACUUUAUAGCCAAUGCCAUAACUGAUGCAUUAAUGAUAUUCAUUGUGAGCUGGCUGGUUAAAACAGCAGUGGAGUGGCCCUGGGAUUGGUUGUCGCAAUUGCAAGAAACACGUCAGAGGCUCAUAAAUCAUGUAAAUUCUCGCAUUAUUGGCUCUACAGACGAGUUGGCCCACGAGUCAGCAAUUCACGAAGAGGCUACAAUGGCCACAAUCAGAAUGGUGAAAAAGGUAAUGAGCUACGAGAAGUUAGCCAUGCUUUCUUCUCUUGUUUUGUCGAUGUUUGCCUCAAUUUUGAUGGUUUGGACUCGAAACCACGUUAUACUAGACGACUCAAGACGUAAGCUAGUGUUUAGCGACUUGAAUAUCGGCUUAUUUCAAUUUUGGUCUGUGUUCAGGAUCAUACUACAAGUGAUUGAAAACCUCCAGAGAGUGUCUAUGGACUCUGAUUCGAAUGCCUUCAGUAAAAUCAGUUCUAUAGACAACGCUACUGGUGCUGUUUCUCCUUCAGUUGAAUAUGGUUUGGUAACGGAAAGUAAUUUGGAUUUGUUUCUCCCUUCUAAACCUCUUCGUCACGAUUCAACACUCGUGCACACUGUCAGGAACAGCUUUGAGAAGUUAUUCUUCUUUAUCAACUUUUCACUUAAUGCUUCUCACGAUGACUACAAGUCACAUCAAGAACAGCUUAACAACGUGAUCCGAGCCAACAACGAAGAGAGCAAUCGCAAAAUUUCACAACUCGAAGAUUCUUCUGAAGAACAGAAAUCCAUGAUUGAAAAGCUUUCCGAAGCCCAAAAAGCUGAAUUUGAAAAUAUAAGCACGAAUUUCACAAAGUUAGAGAGAGCCCUAGUAGAACUUAGUAAAGCAAAACAAAAGGAGAAAGACUUGAAAUUUGUCAAGCCCUUUCCGUUGAACCUUUCUUCUCCAAGCACAAGUCCACAUGAUGAAUCAUUUGCUGAUAACUUGUCUCCAUUAUCAAUAGAGAGUUCCAAAUUGGGAAAGGCGAAUGGAUUCAAGAAGUCACCCAUGCAAACGAUUUUUGAAGCUGAGCAUGAGAGUUCACCAGAUGUGGAAUCAUUACCAGCGAGAAAUGAAAUUUCUCAAGAUAUGAAUUCUCUUGCGGUCCAUGAUGAUUCGAUGGACCCUAGAAAGGUAUUUUAUCAAUCAGAAUCUCAUGAUUUGAGAGAUAGAAACUUUUCAUUGCACGGUCUUCCAUUUUCAUCCACAAUCAAACACAUAAUAACAAGGAAAUUCUACCCACCACAAGAUCACCCUCAAGGUGAGUUGGAUCCAGAUGUAGGCUACGAAUCUGAACAAAUUUCAUCAGAAUUCAGACUAUCCAUGGGCAGUAGGACGAAGCAUUUCAUAAAG